CUAUUAGAAAGAUAAGAUGGCGGAAUCAGUGGUGAAUGAAACUGUGGCGAAUCUUUCGGCGACCGUGAAUGAAACAGCGAAGAAUGCUACUGGAAGAGCCGCGGCAACUCCAGAGGGAAUGUUAAUGGCGUAUUCAAGUUUAGUUUUGAUGGCCCUUUUACCGAUCUUUUUUGGUUCUUUUCGCUCCGUCAAGUAUCUGAUCGAACAGAAGAAAUCUGGAGAAAAGCCAGAAAGUAUGACAUCAAAAGAUGCUGCCAUGUUUCCAAUUAUUGCCAGCUGUACCCUACUGGGCCUGUAUAUCUUUUUCAAGAUAUUCAGCAAGGAAUACAUUAACUUGCUUCUAACUUUGUACUUCUUUGGUCUUGGUGUAUUGGCAGUUACUCAUCUACUCAGACCAAAUGUUGAGCUUGUGUUGCCAGCAUCAUUUCCAAACAAGAACUAUACCCUUGAUCUUAUAGAGGGAAAGGGUGAAAAAAAAUCAGAACUGGUGCACUAUGAGUUUGACAGAAUAGACUUGCUUUGUCUGGGCAUCUCGGCUGUACUGGGAUUGUGGUAUUUAUUGAAGAAGCACUGGAUUGCCAAUAACAUAUUUGGUCUGGCUUUCUCUCUCAAUGGAGUUGAGCUGCUUCAUUUGAACACAGUAACAACUGGCUGCAUUCUCCUGGGAGGUCUCUUUGUAUAUGACAUAUUCUGGGUUUUUGGAACAGAUGUUAUGGUGACUGUAGCCAAAUCCUUUGAGGCACCAAUCAAAUUGAUAUUUCCAAUGGAUCUUCUUGAAAAAGGACUAUCAGCAUCCAACUUUGCUAUGCUGGGACUUGGAGACAUUGUUAUACCAGGGAUUUUUAUUGCACUUCUGUUGAGGUUUGAUCAUAGCAGCAAGAAAGACAAGACCAGCCGUGUGUAUUUCUACUCUGGCUUUGUUGCAUAUUUCCUGGGCUUGGUACUGACUGUUUUGGUGAUGCAUACCUUCAAGGCUGCCCAACCUGCCUUACUGUAUCUGGUACCAGCUUGUCUGGGGACCCCAAUAACACUGGCUCUCUUAAGAGGAGAAAUUUCUGAUUUGUUCAAGUACGAGGACAACCCUGAGAAAGAUACCAAGGAGGAAGACAAAGCUAGUCAAGGAGAAAGCAGCGAAGAAGUCAACGGCGAAACAAAGAAGAUUCUGUAAUCGGACAAUACCUCUAAUAAAUUAUUGCGCCGUUAUUUUAAAUUUAAUUUUACCUUCCAUGUUAGGCUCUCAGCACUAGAUUAGACAAAGACAUGAAAUCUGUUAAAAGCAUAUGAAACACUUCAAGAUUAAGUUCACGCCUUUAGAGUAUUAUGUUGAAUGCUCUCCACGGACAUGUGUAUCUAUUUUUCGGAACACUUUUGUGUGACAUCCACCUUAAGCUGGAGUCGCCUAUUAAGAGAGUGUUAUUUAAAGUGGAAGGACACAAUCUUCGUUGUGCGGAGCCUGGGUUCUUUUGCUCUUUGCUUGCGUGGAAAUGAUGUUUUGUUUUGUUGAUGGAGUACCCCAGUCCAAUUUCUAGGAGAGAAAAAACCUUACAGUGAGAAAACUGGCUAGAAAGAUCCUGUUUCGGAGAAGCUGAUAUGUAAUUUUACUCGCUAGAAAAUGAACGUACGCUUUUCCUGAUAUUUUUCCAAAGAUUUCCAUGGAGGCUUAGUUCUUGUUGGGUUUUUAGUUUUGCUCUUAGCUCAAGAUGUUGUUUAUGGUAUGCAAGAUGUUGCUGUUGUUUAUGGUAUGCUAAAAGUUAAGGGAAGUAAAUCUUAAAAUGGGGGUAAAAUUCAGUAUCAAUAUACUGGUUUGCUUCAUGUAGGGAUUAAACUGACUCGCUGGGUAUCAUAAAGCACCAGCAUUUGACUAUCUGCAUAUUUCUCAAAUGGUGUAAUUACUCACUUGAAAUCCAAUCAAUUACAUGAUUAUGCUUAGAAGAUAACGACCUUUACAAACUAGUAAACUGUAUCAGGAAAACGUUAAAAAAUAUUGUCGUAAUUCGAAGAAGAAUAACUAAGAAGAUAAUUUAUAAUCAUAUUGAAGUACAACUUUUGCUUAACGAACAUAAGUUAUCGCAGCCAUUUAAAUGGAACUACCCUCCUCGGACAGAAACUGCUACCACAUCAAUAAAUAAUAGU